ACGGACCGUCAACAAGGAAGUGUCGGAUCGUAAAAACAAAGUAACUCCUGCGCGCGGCGGCUAAAUGAAGAGUUUAUUCUCAUUUACAGUAAUUUUACGCGUAAAAUGUCCAACUUUAAAGGGCGCGUGCACGACAUGGCGCGUGUGUACGAGCGCUACACCGAGUACGUGAGGAGGAACCCGGCCGCCACGGCGCAGCUGGAGAGCAGCGCGCGCACCCUGUCCUACCUCCUCGCAGGAAGAUUUGCAGAUUCACAUGAAAUAUCUGAACUAGUGUAUUCGGCCUCCAACCUGCUGGUUCUCUUCAACGACAGCAUCCUGCGCAGAGAGCUGAGAUGCUCCUCCCCCGUGCCGGUCUCCCAGAGGAGGCUCCUCAUCUGGCUCUCUGUGCUGGAGCACAUGGAGGUCUUCCUGGAGAUGGGAGCCUGCAAGCUGUGGGGGGACCUGGGCCGCUGGCUGGUGAUCGCCCUGAUCCAGGUCUUCAAGUCCAUCCUCCGCCUGGUUCUUCUUCUGUGGUAUAAGUCCGGCCUCCAGACGUCUCCUCCCAUCCCCCCCCUGGACCGAGGGGCCGAGUGCGAGGCCGAAGACGAGGGUCAGGAGGAGGAGCCAGAGGACGUCUGCUUUGUGGGUCAAAGGUCGGGUCGGGUCAUCCGGCCUCUGGGCAGCGCCUCCUCCCUGCAGGCCCGGCUGUGGGCAGCACCGAGUCAGAAGAAGAAGAGGAGGAGCAGCCGCAGUGGAGAGAAGCUGCUCAGCAAGCCGACGCCGAUGAGCCUCUGGGAGACUCUGGCGGAGUCGGCGUUUAUCGGCCGGCCGCUGGUUCACCUGUUCUGCCUCGGACUCUGUGGGAAGCAGUCCUGGAAGCCGUGGCUCAUCUCCGGAGCCCUGGAGCUCUCCAGCUUGGCGGUCCUCAGUGACGGAAGGUUCCAGAACCGAUGGGAGAGGACGGAGAUGAGGAGGAGGCGCUUCCUGCUGCUGUACUACUUCCUGCGCUCGCCUUUCUACGACCGCCACGCAGAGGAGAAGAUCCUCUUCCUGCUCAAACUUCUGGCCGACCACGUUCCAGGAAUCGGCCUCGUCGCUCGCCCUCUGAUGGACUACCUGCCCACCUGGCAGAAGGUCUACUUCUACAGCUGGGGGUAAAGCCCGUUCAGGAGAACCUCCUCACAGAACCUGACAUCAGAAGAACCGCCUUUUAGAUUGUCCUCAUGAAACAGACGAACAGAGAACCUCCAUGAAUGUGUGUUCUGUGACCCCCUGAUGAGGCUGAGGGACCCCCCCCCCCCCCAUCACAGCCUGGAGAGGGUCUGGGUUCCAGUCCUCUAGAGGGUCUGGGGGGGUCUGGGUUCCAGGAGGAACCGGUCUGGACCAAUGAGAACACGAGCCGGAGGUUUUUUAAUCUUUAUUCACAGAAUGAAUACAAAUAAAUAUUUAAAUGUU